UUAGAACAAUAUUAAUGGCCUCAUCAAUAACGGGAGUAAGCAGUUAGAGCAGUGGCAGCAACGUCAAUGACUACAGUAUCACUGGUUGUCCCCGUCGUCUGCCACCUCAUCAUUGCUUAAAUCUGUAAUCUUCCUCUUUUUCAUUCUCGUUGUCAUGGUCUCUUCUCUUCAAUGUUGCCAUUGGUAAAGCCGGCAACCAUCAUCUAAGACUUUGUUUUCAAGCAUGUCGUCGGAAGUCUUCCAUAACAUUAUCGGACUGAUCAUGGAGGUAGGAUAGGGUUUUACUGCGGCUUUCAAUGCUUGAUUUGGCUUACAAUUAAUUUAAGAGUGGUUUUGAAAUAUUCAAAUACUUGUCAUCUAUUUCUCUAAUUUCUAGCAAAUUGUUUAUGGAGUGAAUGUAAACCAUUGGAUCUUCUACCAAUUUAAAAUCAAUGCUUCUGAUACUAUGGUGCAUCAAAAACGUCUAAAAGAUUUGAGCUGAUUUUAGACUGACCCAAAGAUUUAAAUCAAAAAUAAAAAAUUAAGAUUAUUUUGAUUUUUUACUCUUUGGUCUUGUCCGUGUUUUUUUAACAUUUUAUCAACCAUAGUCGAGUCGAGAGCAGCUGGGGUUCAGUUUCGUUCUGCUGAGUCGCAUACCGCUGUUUAGUAUUAAUCAUAGAAAGAAGAUAAGAGAAAAGGAACGACGGAGGAACAGAAAGAGAUGCCAUACGUGUGUUUCAAGACGCUAGACAAGUUUUAUGGAAUCGACGUCUCCGAUUUGCUUUCUCCGCCCAAGGAAUUGGAGGACCAGGCGGUGGUGACUUGGGCUUCUCUUCCUCCGAUUCCAGCUGCUUUCAAGGCUGAUCUUCCGGCUUUCUGCGUGCAGCUUGUGGAGUUCGACUCCAACUUCUAUCUCAUCGGAGGUCUUCAAAAUCGUCCUACCGGCGAUGCUCGUAUCGGUCCUCCUUCGGUCAAAACAUUCGAACUUCGUCUGGACGAAGAUAAUGAGAAACAGAAGCAGAAGCAGUUAACGUUCAAGGAGGUGGACUUAAUCCCUGAACCACCAAUUUGCUACGCCAAGAGGGUGUUCGACUACGAAAAAAUUAAGGAGGAUUAUUAUUUCAUCCAGUUCGAUCCCAUGAUGCCUAAAAUAUCAAAGGAUUCCUUCUGGGUUCUGCGCUCACAAGCACAUGACUGGCAACCUCUACCGUCUCCUCCCGACUUGGGCCUCAAUGUUUAUGAUGUAUUUGAAACAAAUCAUUUUGUGUAUGGUGAAAAAAUAUAUUUUCAAACCAUUUAUAUGACAGAUGAUGCAUUUACGAAAUAUAUGGAAUUAAAGAGCAAAACUCCUUCGCCCAAUGUUAGACAGUUUGAAAGCGUGCUCUUCUAUUCCUUUGAUCCAUCCUUGGGAGGUGGGACAUGGACUAUACAGGGGGAGCUGAUGCAUUCAUAGAAUCUUUCGGUUUUACUGUUCAGGGCAGACAGCGCUUCCACCGUCCCAUUACACUGCCUCUUCCAGUCAGCGGGGAUUAUAGUCUUCAUCUCUCUACUUCUGACAUUGAAAGAUCCAAUCAUUUUGGUGAAUGGGAAAAUGGGUAUAAAGCAACCUUACAUGCCUUGCUUGUGAACAAAAGAGGUGUUCGAUUUGUUCAGCCAAUCGAGGGUUGCUUUGAGGGCAUCCAACCUGCAUUUUAUUAUGCAUGUCCAACUCUCGUCUACCUUGGUGACAACAUGGUUUGUGCCAUGUUAAUUGGCUUUCUAGAGGAGCAUCAUAAACGUAGAUGUCCAUUAAUUUGUGUUUCUGUAUUUAAUUUAUCUAUCAUGGAGAAUGCUAUUGAUAUGGAUUACAUUAACAGUCCUGAUCUUAAAAAGGUUCAUAAUUUCUUAACUGUUAAUGUAAUGAGGAGAAAUGUCUAUUCCAUGGUAGAUUAUUUGGAAACACAUUUAAUACUGAGAGACGUGUACCCAUUUAUAGAUGAAAUUAAGGAAUUUCUUUGGACAGAGUCAAAGGAUCCUCUCUUUCCUGUGUCAAAGAAGCCAAAGCUCAUCUAGAGUUAUUUCCAUUUUAACAUCUUUUAUUCAUAUUUUGCUUAGGUUUUCUUGAAUGUAUUUUUGGUUUAAGAAUUAAGAUGACAUGAUACUUCCAACUGUAUUUUAUGGAUUUGGAAACUUCACACUGAAAGAAUUGGGUUGAAUUUUUUAAAGAAUUCCUUUGUAAUUAUUUAAUUUGGGAUGAAUGUGAUGUUAUUAAUAGUAUUUAUGAUUUCGUUUACUUUCGAGCCGUGGCGUUGCUAGCUCUGGCUGUACUGAGGCUUGCUUGAGUACUACCUCCGACUGCUUGGUUGCGAAAAAGUUCGAAGAAACACUGAUUUUAUUGGAUGUAUAUGGGCCAUGGCUUUUGGUGAAGUGAUAGCAAAGCUGAGCAAUCUUGAUUACUUUCAAGCAUUGAGAUUGUGAAUGUUUUGGCUUGAUCAGCACUUGGCUAUGGUUAUUGCAUAAAUUCAAUUAUUCAAGCUACGAAUAUAGUAAUUGCUUGAGAUUGUGGCAGCAAAACAAAGUGUAGUUUGCCAUAUGAAAUUUUAAAUUUUGCAUGCAAAGAAAGUCUCAUUAGUGAGAGAUAGAGGAAUUAGAAAAAGAUACAUAAUAC